GAUUUAAAAAAAUAACGUACCAUAAACAACGAGCCGUCAUGUCUGACACCUGACUUUUUAUGUUGCAAACACAAUUUGUGAAUUUUAAAUAAUAAAUGACCAAUAUUAUUAGUUCUACCGUUUACUAAUUCAAGCUGCUUGGUUUAAGUUUAUGCUAGUGUAAUUUUAAACGAUGACAGUUGUGUAGAAACGGUACAUUUCACGUCCACACUUGGGUUAAGUUGACGUCUGUAAUCGGGGCUUCUGCAGCCGACUCCAUGAAUUUUAACUGGAUAAUAUGAUAACAUGGCUGUGCAACCUGACUCUGGCGGGAAGGACGACGUGAAGACCCAGUUUGCGACUCGCGAAGGCGUUUACCGCUUGAUGACUUUGUCGGAGUACUCGCGGCCUAAUCGCGUGGGCUACACAAGCGGCGCGGGCUCCUCUCAUGUACGCGUGUCGCUCGUAUCGCUGCCCCCGGGGCCCGGCAGCGGGGCCCCGGGCUCCGACGGCCAGGGCUCAGACGACAGGAUAUGCUUCAACCACGGGAAGGAACUUUAUGUUUAUGUGUACAGAGGAGUCAAAAAGGCGGCUGAUCUUUCAAAACCGGUUGACAAAAAAAUGUACAAAGGCACAAACCCAACAUGUCACGACUUCAACACCGUCACGAUGACAUCGGAGAGUGUAUCUUUAGUCAUAGGAUUUUCUACCGGCCAAAUUCAACUCAUAGACCCUAUUAAAAAGGAAUUAAGUAAAUUGUACAAUGAAGAGAGACUGAUUGAUAAAACAAGAGUAACAUGCAUAAAGUGGGUUCCUGGUUCGAGUAAUCUUUUCAUCUCGGCGCACGCAUCAGGACAGCUGUACGUCUACAACGAAGAGUUGACUUGUGGCACCACCGCACCACACUACCAGCUCUUCAAGCAAGGCGAGGGCUACUCGAUACACACCUGCCGGACCAAGUCAACGAGAAAUCCCUUGUACAGGUGGGUCAUAGGCGCCGAGGGUAGCUGCAUAAACGAAUUCGCGUUCUCGCCGUGUGGAACGAAUCUGGCGGUCGUAUCACAGGACGGUUUCCUCAGAGUGUUUCACUACGACACGAUGGAGCUGAUAGGACGCGCGAGGUCAUACUUUGGAGGUUUUCUGUGCGUGUGCUGGUCGCCGGACGGCAAAUAUGUCGUUGUGGGCGGCGAGGAUGACCUGGUGACGGUGUGGUCGUUCAGCGAGAUGCGGGUGGUGGCGCGCGGGCAGGGCCACCGCUCGUGGGUGUCGGUGGUCGCCUUCGACCCGUAUGUCGUCAGCUUCACCGACCCUGAAAGCGAGGAGGGCGUGGAAGACGACCGGCAGAAGAGUGAGAGCGUGCAGUGUUAUAGACUAGGCAGCGUCUCGCAAGACACUCAGCUGUGUCUCUGGGAUUUAACGGAGGACGUUCUAAAGCCGCCGGUGAGAGCGCGAGCAUCCGCGCACCUUUCGCCGAACAGCCAAACGUUCUCCCCGAACGGAGUCCCGGGCAUGAAGGUCCCCACAAAAGGAACGAAGACGAACAAGAUCGGUCACAAGCACGCAGAACUCAGCGGCCAGGCGACGGCGGCGGGCGAGUCGUCCGGCGCUAAAGCGACGACGAAGUCCAAAACGAACAACGUCGCCACUUUAAACAUAAGCGUUGGAAAGGCGAAGGAAGAGAGCUCCGGCUCAUUGGGAGUAAAUUCUUUAACGCAACGGCUGGCCGGGUUUUCGUUCGGCGAUCGGAGGUCGGAUCACCGGCGCAACUUCAGUCUAUCGUCCUCGAAACCGACAGAGUCGAAAUCCGCGUCGAGUUCUGUAGCGUUACGUGGCAAAGCUGGGGCGACGAGCGAAGGGGAUCCGGUGCGGUUGAUGGGCACGCCGUCGUGCCCGCGGUUCGACGAGUGUCCCGUAUUAGAGCCGCUGGUGUGUAAAAAAAUCGCUCACGAGCGGCUGACGGCACUAUUAUUUCGUUCCGAGUACCUAGUGACGGCGUGUGCGGAUGGUUGUGUGAACACGUGGGCGCGGCCGGCGCGCGCGGCCAACGGCGAGCCGCGCCCGCACCGCCGCAUCGAGCGGAUCGACCUCGUCGACUAGUCCCUGACCUUCGAUCGGUUCUGUUGCGUUUGGGCGCUGUGAGGCAGCUAAGAUGGCCGUUCAAGGACUUGAUUUUUUUACCGGAGAAAGUUGAAAUAAUGACCUUAGCUUAAAACAAUACUAUAAACCUAAAAAUAUGAUCUGAUUUGAAGAAAAAUUCUUGAUUACUAAGGGGCCUAGCCCUCGGCGACUUUUUGUCGCGCAUUUCUCGCAUUUGCAACGCACUACAGAAGUGAUGUCUACGAGCUACAGCAGCGCAACUGCAUCGCUACAAAGAGUCGC